AUGUCGCUGGCACUAGGGAACACCGCUACAGUACUUCAGGCAGAGGUGUUCGCUUUACUCUCCUGCGUCAAGAAAAUCCUAACGCUGGGAUACAGGGGCGAGCACAUCUACAUCUGCAGUGACAGCAGAGCAGCGCUUAUUGUUAGAUCGAUCGACGUAUACGUGGUGAGAUCUAAGCUCGUACAGGAAUACACAGCUCUGCUGAGACAACUAGCGCAAUCAAACCGCGUGAAACUGCUCUGGGUGCCAGCGCACAAAGGCAUCAAGGGUAACAUCGAAGCAGACCGACUAGCUAAAAGGGGAGCUUUACGACAUGGCCGAGACAGGGGCUGCCAAAUCGGGGUCCCUACGGAACAUGUCAAAAAACUAGCAAAGAGGAUUGCUAGGGAUAAGUUCGCAAAGCUUUGGGGCAAUGCACCGGACAUGCUACACACGAGGGGCCUGUUUGAGGGACCCUCGAGCGGGCUCGGUGAGGAGCUGAUCAAACUCAGCAGAACUGAACUGAGAAGCGUAAUAGGGCUUGUCACGGGCGACUGGUACACAGGCAGACACCUCGUCCACCUUGGACUCAGGAAAGAGGCGAGCUGUCCUAAGUGUGGCAAAGAAGCGGAAACACCACAACACCUCUUAGUGCGGUGUAGGGGUCUAGUGGGCCCCCGUACGGAGGCCUUCGGACCUAACUUCACCGGCGAAGUGGGUAUAAAGGGAAUAGGAGUUGAUAGGCUCCUGCUCUUUGCCAGGGCUGCCAACCUCACUACCUUUCUCAUGGUGUAG